GGCAGUUAACUAAGCCAGGGAGCACUUUAGCAAUUAGAUAUGGACUGCCACUAAAUUAUUCAGUUGUGCGCAAUGAGCACCCCAUUAGUCCUACAAAGCGGGAGAUAGGCGAGACAGAAGUCCAGCUUUUUCCUCCAGAGACUUCGUAGAGAGAGUUCCAGCGAGUGAGUGGAAGAAGAAGGCGAUGAUGAGGGAGGGCGAACCGACUAGGAUAAUGCUCGGGGUGAACGUGUCGACACUGAAGGGGUAUCCAUAUGCAUCAAUAAGCUGCACAAGAGCAUUCGAGUGGACUCUCCAGAAGAUCGUUCGCUCCAAGACCUCUGCCUUCAAGCUUCUCUUUCUUUACGUUCAUGUCCCCGACGAAGACAGUUUUGAUGACAUGGAUAGCAUUUAUGCAUCACCUGAAGAUUUCAAAAGCAUGAUGAGUAGGGACAGGGUAAUGGGGCUUCAUCUACUACAAUACUUUGUCACUAGAUGUCAUGAAAUCCGGGUUUCUUGUGUCGCGUGGAUCAAGACAGGUGAUCCCAAAAAGGUAAUCUGCCAUGAGGUGAAGCGAGUCCGGCCGGAUUUUCUGGUUUUGGGAAACCGGGGUCUUGGCCUGUUCCAGAGGAUUUUCAUAAGAACAGUAAGCGACUUUUGCGUGAAGCAUGCUGAAUGCCCUGUCAUCACAAUCAAACGCAGGGCAGAUGAAAUACCUGAGGAUCCAGCUGAUGACUGAUUGGCCUGAAAUGUGCCUGAUUUGUUUCAUUCUGUUAAUAAGCUUCGCUUCUGACAGUAGGCAUGAGCACCUCUUGCUUGGGAAGUGCUCAUGAUUUGUAGAAUUUGCAUUUCAUGGAGACUAUACAUGGCGAACAUAUGGAGAUACUUUGUUUUUCUCUAUGGUCGUCGUUUUCGUUUGCUGACUACUUUUGAAUAACACAGUUCCCGCUUUUAAAUAACAAAGGGCAGAUCAAACACCAGUCAUCAGAUAGAUUCUCAACACUCGUCUCAUCUCAUCUUAUCUCGUCUCAUCUAUUCUUUUCUUAAACACCAGAGUGCUUAUAUGAGAAGACUCCCAAGAGCAUAUCUGGAUCGAUGGAUUCCGUGGACUGUUCUCCGUGAUCUGGACAGGUUAGUUCUGUUGAAGAGCACCUUUCUUUCAAGUAGGAGAUGCAAAAAAUUGUGAUUUGGAUGUAGCCCAGCAAAGU